CUGAGAUGAGUAGCUCCCAGUCUGCAAGCUUGCACUUCUGAGAUCAAGAAAAUAGCUCCCAGAAUUCAGUCCAUUACAGUCACACAAGCUGCAGUACUGAGAAGAUUGGGGAGGUGAAUUAAGGCCAUUAAAAACAUGCUGGCAGAAUUGAAUGUUUUCAUACUGCAGCUUGUCGGAGGGUAUGCUGUAAUAUUUGAAGAGAAAGUGUCUUCACCAUUUAUUAUAUCAGAUUUACCAAACACAUGUGAAUCCUACACCUGUCAUACAUGCAUCAUUCUUCUUCCUCCUCCUCCACCACCUUUUCCACCACUGACAAUGAAAACCAUAUAUAUGAAACCUACAAAUAUGCAACUUUAUCAAGAUUUCAUGCCUGACUGUUCCACUGUAAAGAUGGUAGAUGAGGAUGUCAUAGGACCAAAGGGUGAAAAGGGCCGCAGAGGAGAACAAGGGGAAAAAGGUCUCCCUGGCCCAAUUGGACCAGAAGGGAUUCCAGGGCUCCAUGGUGUCAUGGGUCCUUCUGGAGACCAGGGUGAAAAGGGGGAGAUGGGCUGGGCUGGGUUUCCAGGAGAAUUCGGACUACCAGGAAUGAUUAAAGGUCAACAAGGACGGAAUGGGACUAAAGGGAGGAAAGGAGAAAAGGGUGGCCAAGGCCCACCAGGAGACAAAAGCCCUGCAGGCUACCGUGGUCCUCCUGGCCAGAAGGGCGACCCAGGAUUGAAAGGAUGGAAUGGUGUAAAAGGUCAACAAGGCCCAAGGGGAGCACCAGGGAAAAGAGGCAAAUUGGCAAUGAAAGGAAAUUCUGGACCACCUGGGCCCUUAGGACAUGUUGGAUCCAUGGGCCAGCAAGGCCCCGCUGGAGUGCCUGGACUACCGGGAAAAGUGCAUAUUUUACCAGGACCAAAAGGGGAGAAGGGCAUCACAGGACCUUCAGUGAAAUGCAACUGUAGCUGGGCAAAUUCAUUUGAGCAUGUAACAAAAAAAGAUUAUUCUGAAGUCCCAUCGAUUUAUAUUGUGGACAGCGAGAAGGAGAUGUCUCACUUUAAAUCCGAGAAUAUUAUGGUCUUAAGAAGGGACACUCGCACCUUGUAUAUCUAUGAUGGCAAUAAGUGGACAGCAGUACAGGUCUCUUCAGCAACUUAGAAGAAAUGGAUCUCCUCUGCCCUAUCUUAUUUAUCUUUGAUGUUCAAGCUGAAAAACUGUAACACAGACACAGACACAAACACACACACACACAAUUAUGCAUUACCCCACAACAUCAGUUUGCUAUACUAUCUUCAUGCUUGACUUACAUCGGGCAAGUUGUUCAUUCACUUCCUCGUAGCUGCUUAGCUUAACCAGCAGCCUUUCAUAUCAGUACUUCAAAUAUUGUAAUUAUGCUGUAUUAUUUGAUUAUUAGAACCUGAAGUACAACAGUGUUUAACUAUAAUAAUGCAUUAUUAAUUGCUAAUAUUUUAUUAACUGUAUUAUUUAUAAUAAACAUAAUAAAUGUUCAA